AUCGUACGACUCCGUGUCCUCGUGACGUCAUUUCCCCGGCAAGAAGAGGAGGCGUUGCCCCUGUAAAUGCCGAAAACCCGGCUAUCCUGCCAAGAGGACGUACGAGCUGUUCACCUUGACACGGUAAAUACUUGAAUUUCGUCGUCAGUACCAGUAGGUUCGGAAUAGAGCGCAGAGAAAUUUCUAGACGGUGAUGAUGAUGAUGAAGAACGGCCAGCAUCAGGCGGGCAGAGCGGGCGAGGAGGCGGAGGGGAAGCCGGUGGCGCUCGCCUGCAGUCCUGAGAAGAGGAGACGGAUCGUGCGAGUGUGGUGUGACGGAUGCUACGACAUGGUCCAUUAUGGACACUCAAACCAGCUACGACAAGCCAAGGCUAUGGGGGAUUAUCUCAUUGUGGGAGUGCAUACUGAUGAAGAGAUCUCAAAGCACAAGGGCCCACCCGUCUUUACACAAGCCGAGAGGUACAAGAUGGUGCGUGCCAUCAAAUGGGUGGAUGACAUAGUGGAGGGUGCCCCCUAUGUUACCACUCUGGAGACUCUGGACAAGUACAACUGUGACUUCUGUGUACAUGGAGAUGACAUCACUCUGACAGUGGACGGAAAGGACACAUAUGAAGAGGUGAAAAAGUCGGGCAGAUACAGGCAAUGCAAUAGGACUCAGGGUGUGUCCACUACAGACCUGGUUGGCCGCAUGCUCCUGAUGACUAAAGCUCACCACAGCAACAUGGGAAGUUCAGAUUAUCAGCAACACACGGACAACUUUGGAAGGGGUCCAAAGGGUCACAGCCCCUGGACAGGGGUGUCUCAGUUUCUGCAGACGUCCCAAAAAAUCAUCCAGUUUGCCUCAGGGAAGGAGCCGCAGCUGGGGGACACCAUUAUAUAUGUGGCUGGAGCCUUUGACCUUUUCCAUAUUGGCCAUGUGGAUUUUUUGGAGGCAGUGUACAAGCUUUCAGACAAGCCAUAUGUUAUUGUGGGGUUACAUUUUGAUCAGGAGGUGAACCGCUACAAAGGAAAGAAUUAUCCCAUCAUGAACAUCCAUGAGAGAACUCUGAGCGUUCUGGCCUGUCGGUACGUCUCAGAGGUGGUAAUUGGAGCUCCAUACACAGUUUCAAAGGAUUUGCUGGACCAUUUUAAGGUGGAUCUGGUUUGUCAUGGAAAGACUGUAGUGUUUCCAGACAGAGAUGGCUCAGACCCCUAUGCUGUACCUAGGAGAAAAGGUAUACUACGGAUUGUGGAUAGUGGAAACACCCUCACUACUGAUGACAUUGUUCAGAGGAUAAUAAAAAACAGGCUGCUGUUUGAGGCCAGGAACCAGAAGAAGGAGGCGAAGGAGAUGGCAGUGAUCCAGGCCAUGAAGCAGCGGGAGGAGGACAAGGCUAAAGAGAGAUCUCAGGCUGUGCUGUAGAAAAGCUCAGUUUCAAGUGAAAACACUGACUCAAACCCCCCCCCCCCCAGCCCUCUUCGCAGUUCCACCUCCGACGUGUCCUUAUCCACUCUCCAUUACACUGGAGUAGUUCCUCUACUGUGUGUGUGUGUGUGUGUGUGUGUGCGAACCACCAGCAGCUGUGACAAAACUAAGUGUUAGCAAAACCUUUGUAAACUGCUUGUUUUGUUAGGAGUGUGUCAGGAAAUGUGUGUGGCUGAAAACCCUCCUCCGUAACAAGUGUGUGUAAAGAGAAUACUUACAUGCCGCUCUUAGCGCCACUCAUAACCCCCUGCUAGUUAACAGGACAGAUCAACACACUCAGCUAUGCCACAGUGACACACAACUAAACAAAUAUGAUUUUUAUAUAAAUGUCACAGAAAAUCCGUCUAACUUCCCUGACUUUAAUUUACGAGUAUUUCGAUAACAUUUAGCCAGACACUCAUAUUCAGAGAAACUGAAAGAGGACUGCUUUGUAGUCCUGAAAACAUCUUCACACUAGUACAGAUGCCAUUAAGAUAAAACCCUGUGAGAGAGGAGUUUGUACAGGUAUAAAAACAGAGUACAAGAUGAACUUAUUGUAUUUUUUAUUUUUUUUCAUUACACAAUCAUCUGAAUGUUCCCAUUGUAAAUCUCCUUGCUGCUUGUAGCCAUUCGUUAGUGUUAAAACUGUACAGAUGAUCUGAAAAUACAUUGUAUGAACACUAUAUGAAGCCCUGUUAGAAGGGAUUCUUACUGUUUUAAGGGUUUUUUUUAAAAUGAUGGCAGUCCUGCGUGAACAAUACAUGAGUUCUAGCAUUUGGGACAAUAUGGGUCAAGCUUGAUUCAUGGUAAUGAGACCAUCUCUUUAAUUGUAUGUAUAUCUGUUCAGGUCUAGGAGAGAGAAGGUGUGAGUGUGUGUGUGUGUGUGUGUGUGUGUGUGUGUGUGUGUGUGGGAAGACAUCAGGACUUUUGUGACCCUCACCGGCACUCCGGAUUUAGUGUUACCUCUUACGAGCUGGAUCUGUUGUCACACCACUUGCAGCAUAUCUGUCAUCAUAUUGUAAAUAUGUAUUUUAUAUAACAUGUACCUAAUAUAAUAGAGCUCUUUAUUUGUCUCAGAUUUAAAUAAGCUAAGCUGGCAGAAGUUUUUUUUUUUCUGCAUGAAUCACUGUAACAAAUUUAAGAUUAUUCGAAUACAGAAUUAAUGAUUGUUUAAUUCUGUCUCUUUUAAUGGCACUGACAUAAACCAGAAGAUAGAAGAUCAUGUCUCAGGAUGGCUUUGUUGUCCAUUUUUACCCUGUUAUUCUUAUUUAAAUACUUUAAUUUUUCUUUCCCACACAUUGCCUAUAUAGAUCUAAUCUAAGACACAAGAAUGCAUAAAGAAAAAGUGUCUCAGGGUCUUCUUUUUGAAGACAUUUAUAAUUAAUAAAUUAUAUAGAAGUGUGUCCCUGCUGUGGAUGAUGUAGCCUAUAAUAUUCUGCUAACUUGGGGCAUUUCCGAAACUAAUUUCAGGUGUAUUUAUGGAUUUUUUUCCCAAAUAAAUGAUUAAUGUAUGUGUUUCUGUUUCUCGAUCCUAA